UUACGUUUUCAACACGUGAAAGCAAGGCGGUGAAACAAAAAUUGAAAAUAAGACUGUAUCAUCGAUAAACUAUCAUGUCGAAGGAGCAGGGAGCCGGUGACAGGGCAGGAGGGAAGGGAGAGGAUCGCGAAAGAAAGAAGAAAGAAACCAUCCUUGAUUUGUCAAAAUAUCUCGACAAGCCAAUCAGGGUGAAGUUCAGUGGUGGCCGUGAAGCCAGUGGCAUGCUGAAAGGAUUCGACCCGCUCCUUAACUUAGUGUUAGAUGGAACAACAGAAUAUCUCAGAGAUCCAGAUGAUCCGUUCAAAUUGACAGAGGACACGCGGCAGUUGGGUUUAGUUGUUUGUCGAGGGACAUCUGUCGUGCUCAUCUGUUCAGCAGAUGGCAUGGAGGCCAUUCCAAAUCCUUUCAUUCAACAGGAUGGUUAAAACCAAGUCGAGCUCUUUGUUAGGGGUCUGUGUAUUAACAUUGAAGUAUCACAUCAUGAAAGGGGUCAUCCACAAACUCCCGAAAAACUGGUGGGAUCAGGAACCUAUUAGGGGUCAUCUCCUUUUGACAUGAAAUUGUCUCGUGAAGAAAAGCAUGUGCUGAUGUUGACAAAUAAUGUGUGAAAUUAUGAUGACGUGCUAACGUCAUGAAAAAGUGACAUCCAAAAUUUGAAAAGUGGAUUUACUUUUCUAACGUUGCCAGGGAUAAGGAUGGACAUGAUGCAAAGAUGUUUUAACAAUGAAAUGGUGAAGCUGUGGCCUUCUGUACUGUAAUUGUUAUUUUGUUGCAGCGUUCAAAC